GGCGAAGUUGAGUAGCGAGGAGCGGACGAGUGGAUGUGGAUCCCCUCACACGUCUUUCAUCGAACACCUAUCCAUCUCUAACAACGUGUCAACCCGCCAACUAGCCACGCAUCCAAACCUUCCCAACGUAUUCUCUAUUUUCUUCUUCUCCAUCUUUCCCCAAAGCAGCACUAGCCAUGAAUCGCGUAGCAUUGCCCAAAUCCAUUGCCCACCGUUUCAGAUGGAAGCAAUUCAGUAACCGUUGCGAAAGCCAGGUCCAAAGCGCUGGGCCCGUAGCCUCUCUCCUCAAGUCCCGCUCCGUUAUACGGUUCCGCGGGCCUGACACCCUCAAGUUCCUCCAGGGCCUGUUGACCAACGAUGUAUGGAGGUUGGGUGAAUCCAUUGGUGACAAAACCGAAAACUUGCCCACACCCAACGUCCCUGCCACCUCGGUUCCUCCUAUUUAUGCUGCGCUGUUGACUCCUCAAGGGAGAUUCCUCUACGACCUCCUUCUCUAUAAGCCUCCCACGUGCGACACCAUGCUCGAUCACACUGGCUCUGGCCCUCACUCCCACACCGAUCAACCCUUUCAUUUGUUUGCUGACGUCGAUGCUUCUAUCUUGGAUGAGUUGUUGCAAACCUUCAACAAAUACAGGUUGAGGUCAAAGGUUGAGAUUGAUGAUGUCUCCAGAGAUUUCUCGUGCUGGCAGCGAUAUGGUGCUGGCCUUCCUGAGAAGUCCUCACAAGUAGAAGAACCAGAAGCAGCCUCUGUUGGCUGGGGUGCUGGUUUGGAUCGUACUGCAAUGUCUUCUUCACAUGGGAGUGAUCAUGGGUGGCAAUGGUUUAAGGAUCCCAGAUUGGUCUCUCUUGGUUUUCGAGGAAUCUUCCCAUCAAAUAUAACUCCACCUCUAAUUGAGGUUGAUAAAGAGACUGAUGAACAGAAUUUCCUUCUAUGGAGAAUAGAGAAGGGAGUAGCAGAAGGAUCAACCGAGAUUCCAAAAGGUGAGGCAGUACCGCUUGAGUAUAAUCUUGCAGGUCUAAAUGCAAUUAGCUUUGACAAAGGUUGUUAUGUCGGUCAAGAACUCAUAGCCCGUACCCAUCACAGGGGGGUGAUUAGAAAGCGGAUAAUUCCUCUAAGAUUUCUCGAUAAUGAUGGGAAAGAGUUAGUAAACAAAGUUGUUCCAGGCUCAGAAGUAAUGAACACUGCAUCCGGCAAAAAAGCUGGCAUAGUGACUACUGCCCUAGGAUGUCGUGGGCUGGGGCUCUUGCGACUUGAGGAAGCUUUAAAGGGGUCGAGUGCUUUGUGCAUUCAGGGACAAGAGGAUGUGAAGGUUGUCGCCAGUAGACCAGAUUGGUGGCCUUCUGAAUGGCUUCAGGAUCAUGGACAGCAUGCUGCUUUUGCCUAGGAUUCUCAAUGCCGUUCAAAGGGCAAGUAUUUAUGAACAAUUUUGUAGGUGAAUGAAUAAAUUUGUAAAUGGGGCGUUAAUAUAAUACUAAUAUGCUUCCAAUUUGUGGAUUUUCUUGCGGAAUGAGUUUUAUUUUAUUGUAGUAACGGUAGUGUGUACCAUUUUUCCUCCACAGAACUCUUUCCAUAAAACAAUUUUGUCUUUCACAAAUUAGGAAUGAAUCAUGCUAUACUCUCUU